CAGAAAUACCGAUAUUAUAACCACCUGUGCACAGAAAAGAGUCAACGUGUCAGAUGAAGUCAAUGCCUUUAUGGACCCAAAAUCUACACAAAUCCUGAUCAUUUAUAAGUAGCAGAUAACCUCACUGAAUCCUUUCACGAGGACAUUGUGUUGAAAGCACAAAACAGAGACACAGAAUUGUUGGAGUCCCUAGGAAUCGUCCAAUCAAAACUCAUUAAAACUAUGGAGAAACAACCAGAGAAACCAAAACAUAGUAGUUCAUUACUGGACAUUGUUGAAUCAAAACUUAAUGAUGUGAAGGAAAGAGAGAGGGAAAAAAAGCAGAGUGAUAAAAAAAAGCAAGCAGAGAAAGAAGUAAUACAUAUAACAAAUGAAACAACUGUAGAUCAGUCAGAAAAAGCUGAAAUGUGUCACUUUGACAUGAUACAGAUGGGAGAAUGUCUUGAGGAGCAAAAUGAGCAAACUGAGGCUGAGGAACCAUGUAAAGUGACCACAGAAGAACAACACAUGAGAGAGAAAAAGCAGAGUGAUAAAGAGAAGCAUGCAGAAAAAGAAGGGAUACAUAUAAUAAAUGAAACAACUGUAGAUCAGUCAGAAAAAACUGAAAUGUGUCACUUUGACAUGAUACAGAUGGAAAAAUGUCUUGAGGAGCAAAAUGAGCAAACAGAGACUGAAGUACCAUGUGAAGUGACCACAGAAGAACAACACAUGAGAGAGAAAAAGCAGAGUGAUAAAGAGAAGCAAGCAGAAAAAGAAGUGAUACAUAUAAUAAAUGAAACAACUGUAGAUCAGUCAGAAAAAACUGAAAUGUGUCACUUUGACAUGAUACACAUGGAAAAAUGUCUUGAGGAGCAAAAUGAGCAAACAGAGACGGAGGAACCAUGUGAAGUGACCACAGAAGAACAACACGUGAAGGCUGUUGAUAAAGAGGAGCAAAGAGAGCCAGAAAUUUCAGUUCCGAUGACAAAUGAGGAAGCAAAGGGAAUGACUGAGUGUGGAAAAGCUACAGACAUUCAUAAAACAAAACAACCUGACAGUGUCGAAACAGACCAUUUUCAAGAGUCACAAGCUGCUAUAAUGGAAAAAGAUGUUUUGACAGAAAAACCUAAUAAGAUUAAUCUCAGUGAACCAUCAUAUAAAGUCACUACUAAAGAUGAAAAUGAGGAGGUUAUGGAGAUACAGAAGGAAGAAUUGCUCAGUGGAGUAGUGUGCCCAGAUGCCAAGAAGUCACAAGAUGACACAGAUAAGGUGUUUCUGUGUAAAGCAAAAGAGAACAUGCAUUUAAAAUCAGAAAGCACUGAGAAGAGGGAAAGUAUAAACACAACAACUAAAAAGCAAGAAGAGGAGCAUGUAUAUGAAGUACCUGAUGUUAUGCUCACUAGUUCUGCAGAAUACGUUUAUCCGGCAGAAAGUGUUAAAGAACAACUGAAGAAACUGGACAAUGUCACACUUCACAUUGCUGUUACAGGAUCAACUGGAGCAGGAAAAUCCAGUUUUAUUAAUGCAAUACGAGGUCUGCAACCUGACGACGUCAAUGCAGCUCCCACAGGAGUGACUGAGACGACAAUGACAUCAACAGUGUAUACACAUCCUACAAUGCCCAAUGUAAAAUUAUGGGAUCUGCCAGGGACUGGAAGUCCCAAAUUUAAAGCCAAAAAAUAUCUAAAGGAGGUGAAACUUAACACCUUUGACUUCUUCAUCAUCAUCUCCUCAGAGAGAUUCAAAGAAAAUGACAUCAUGCUGGCUAAAGCAAUUAAAGAGAAGAAGAAGUUGUUCUACUUUCUCCGCUCGAAGAUUGACAACGACAUUCAAGCGGAAUCUAAAAGGAAAGACUUUGAUGAGCAGAAAGUUCUCUCACAUAUUCGUGAGGACUGUCACAGAAACCUUAAGGAUGUGUAUAACCCAAAACCAGAAAUUUUCCUGAUUUCCUCUUUUGAAUUGCACAAAUAUGAUUUUCAAACCCUCGUCGACACAAUGGAGAAGCAGCUACCUGCUCACAAGAGAGAUGCUUUGAUUCUGUCCUUGCCAAUAUACUCCUCCAAGAUUCUGGACGAGAAAAUUGAACUGUUUAUGAAGCAAACCUGGUCGGCAGCCGUUGCCUCUGGGUCCAUUGCUGUGGCUCCCGUGCCUGGUCUAUCCAUUGCUUGUGAUGCUGCCAUUUUGCUGGCUUUCUUCACAAAGUGUUACUAUGCAUUUGGUCUGGAUGAUAAAUCAGUAGAUAAGCUCUCCGUGAGAGUCAACAAUCAAUCCCUCAAAUCUGUAAGAAAGUCACCUCUAGUGAUCGCUAUUGGGCAAAAGAAACUCAGUAAUAAGGAGCUCUCAGCACUGACAAAUAGGGAAGCAGCAGUUAAAUUUGCGUGGAGCAUGGUACCCGUUGUAGGGAGUAAAAAAACUGCAGAAAUGUCUUACUCCGCAACAUUGAACCUUCUGCGAGCAGGCGUUCAGGAUCUCGCUGAUACAGCCAAAGAAGUGCUGAAAGUGGCAGGUCUGACUGAUGUCUACUGAAAUCACAGACUGAGAUCAGUCAAGAGGUCAUGCCAUUGAUCAUUUUUGUUAAGUCAUUCACUCAUAAGUUACUCAAAGUAUGUUGCUGGCUGCAAUUCCAGAAGCUGAGCUGCAUGUAUCUACUGACAGUUCUGAACAUGUGUUUCUUUAUUAUCUUAAAAAUGUAUGUUUUAAAUUGCUUUUGUUAUUUGAUUUACUUCCUAUAAAACAUGCCUAUAAACUGUCGUCAUGUCAUGGACUAAAUGUGAAGUAAAUGGUCUAAAUGUGUUGUUUGUUAGAUUGUGUGUGUUAAGUGUGUGUAGAAAUGAAGCUACCACUAAUGUAUGUCCACUAUUUAUAAAAUAUUUACUUUUAUAUAUAAACUAUUUACCGGAAUCUGGUCACAAUUAGCUGACAGUUGAAUUUUGCAUUGUUUAUUUUUGUUUAUUAUCUGAUUUUUAAUGAUGUAUAGGCUAAUGUCUCAUAAUAAAAAUUAAAUGGUGUGUAGCUUUUAUUAUAAAAACAUUAAUUCGUUUUUACUCUGCAGUGACAAAAACUGAAGCAUGGUUAAACGCUUUGCAUUAGGCAAUUCCUUAGUCGCUUAAUAUAUAACCAAAAUUUUUAUUUUUAUUUCUUUACACAGUUUCAUGACUCACGAGGCGGAAAUCGAAACCUUGAAUAGAGCAAAAAUGCCUUUGUUUUAUUUACAUUUUGAAAAAUCAUUAAAGAAUCAGAAUCAGAACCAACACAUUAAAAAGAGACAAAAGACACAAUAAUCGUAUGCUUAUUUUAUG